AUGAAGGCGCUGUUUAGAAUACACCAACUAGUGCACACAGAGUUUGUAUGGUGGCUGGAGAGACAUGGUGAGCGCGAAAAGUGGCCGGGCGCAGCAGCAGCCCGAGCUGAGGCACCGGGACCGUUUGACGAGCAUGGAAGAAAGCAAGUACGGAGUGCAUACCUCCAGCAUGCAAUAUCCGCGACCGGACUCGUCAACUCUGUACCCGGCGGUACGAGGACUUUACUGUUAGAAGCAAUAGGGCAGUAUCAGAAGCGGCUAGGACAAUAUGGGCCGGUAGAAACAACGUAUCCAAUAGCCUCAUCGUUGAGCACGGAGAUUCUAGGGCCUGAGCAUCCCUUUACAUUGAUGAACAGAAGCAGAUUAGGGUUAGUGCUUAAUAGCCAGGGUAAGCACAAGGAAGCUGAGGAGAUAAACCGGCAGACGCUCGCACAGUACAAGAAGGUGCUGGGGCCUGAGCACCCAGACACACUGACGAGCAUGAGCAACUUGGCAUUGGUGCUGAAUAGCCAGGGUAAGUACAAGGAGGCUGAGGCAAUGAACCGGCACACGUUAGCUCUGCGAGAGACGGUGCUAGGGCCUAAGGACCCAGACACACUAAUGAGCAUGAAUAACUUAGCGGGAGCGCUGAGCAGCCAGGGCAAGUACGAUAAGGCGGAGGCGAUGUACCAGCAGACAUUAGCGCUGCGAGAGAAGGUGCUUGGGCCUGAGCAUAUAGAUACACUCACGAGCAUGAGUAAUCUGGCGGGAAUACUGAAAAGCCAGGAAAAGUACGAUAAGGCGGAGGCAAUUCACCGGCAGACGCUGGCUCUGCGAGAGAAAGUGCUCGGGCCUGACCAUCUAGACACACUGACCAGCGUCUAUUGCCUUGCAUAUAUCCUUGCCAAACAGCAUCACGUAGAGGAGCCUUUAUGUCUGUAUCAGCGGGCAUAUGCUGGAUACGACUCGAUCCUUGGAAAAGGCCACCCCGCUGCCUUGGUAUGUCACCAGUACUAUGAUGACCUGCGCUCGUUGCAAAAGCAUUAG